AGAGACGAAAACAUGGCCGAUCUAAUAAAUAGAGUUGGAAAUAGAAUCAGUAUAUUCAAUCAUGAAAGCUGUUAAUUCUCCUCAUUUCAGAAUUUGGUUUUUUCUUUCUUAAUUGGUCUUGUUCGAGCGUGGAUCAUGUUUGCAAAUGCCGAGUUGUAUGAGAUCACUAAUCAGCUAACAAUGAUGGCACAACUGACAAAUAUGGAUGAUUUCCAUCCCAUUCGACCCCACCAUACUGACCGCCAGUAGCUUCGAACCAUUCAUCCUUUAGAAAGACCCCACGCGCUUGCAGUCCGUUCUCAUUUCAGACACGGCUUAAGACUGACGCAGUCAAAUACUCAACCAAGCUCCUGUUCCUAGUCCAUCUCAAAUCCAGAACAAACAGAUUAUAUUUCCGUGGAUUAGGCACCAUGGCUACCCGAUCUGCAAUCAUUAUUCAAGGCAAGGGCAAGGCGGAACUCAAGACCGGCCUCCCUCGCCCGGCUGUCGCUCCGGAUAGCCUUGCGAUCAAGCCGUAUGCUGUCGCGCUUAACCCUACCGACUGGAAGUCCAUUGACUUCGUUGGCACCGAAGGAGCUGUCUCCGGAUGCGAUUACAGUGGCGUCGUUCAGGCUGUUGGUUCCGACGUUAAAAAUGGCAUUCGAGCUGGCGACCGUGUGGCCGGCUGGGCUCACGGAUGCCACGCCGAGAAGCCCGAAGAUGGCGGUUUUACCGACUAUAUCGUGAACAAAGCCCACAUGAACUUCAAGAUUCCGGAUAACGUGUCUUUCGAAGAAGCUGCAACUCUCCCAUUGGGUAUUUCGACUGUGGGCCAGGGUCUCUACCAGGCACUUAAAUUGCCUUUCCCUGGCGAUUCAGACACUUCAAAGGGUGCAGCCGAGCCCAUCCUGAUCUACGGCGGUAGCACCGCCACUGGUACUCUAGCUAUCCAGUUUGCCAAACUCUCUGGCUACAAGGUGAUUGCCACUGCGUCGCCCCACAACUUCGACCUCGUCAAGUCAGUCGGCGCCGAACAAGUCUUUGACUAUAAGUCACCCUCCUGUGCGGCCGACAUUAAGAAGGCUACCAACGACUCGUUGAAGCUCGUCUUUGACACUGUCGCCACAGACGACACGGCAAAACUCAGUGCUGAGGCUAUCAGCUCUGCAGGCGGUCACUACAGCUCGCUGCUGCCCGUCGGCGAGUUCCCACGCAAGGACGUUGAGUCAGGCUGGACCCUGGCUUACACCGCGCUUGGCGAAACUUUUGACAAGUAUGGCGUGCACUGUCCCGCGAACCCCAAGGACGCCGAGUUCUCUGCCAAGAUACUCACUUAUGCUGGAAAGCUCUUGGCGGAGGGCAAGCUGAAGCCUCACCCCAGCGAUGUCCGACCAGGCGGUUUGGCCGGCACUCUUCAAGGCUUCCAGGACAUGCGGGAGGGCAAGUAUUCUGGCGCCAAGCUCGUGUAUAAGACGGACUGAAUUGAAAAUAUCUGGAAAUAUAUUUAAUAUAUAGAUUUUACGAAGUUAAUGACAGUUUUAAUGUUCACACCAAACUCUUCAAAGUAUUUCACUUUGUUCGGCGCAAUGUCCAAGUGUCUAUAGAAUUAACAGACUUACUUCUCUAUGAUUUGCAUUUGCCAUUGCCGAUGUCACCAUCGAAAGAUCCCAGAUCAUAGAAGCUACUAUGUCUACGGGGCCUCCAAUUCAAAAUCACGUAUGGAUAAACAUGGGAACCAAG